AUGGUUGGAAAAUCCACCACCUUCAACUCCGCUAUCAUUGGCAAGCAAUCUCCCUCUCCACUCCUCUCCUUUUCCUCUCUCCCUCCUUUCCCUCUCUCGCAACCUCUUCUCCUACUUCGCGCUCUAUCCCUCCUCUCUCCCCUUACAGCUCAUUCGUCAAUUUCAAAUCCUGCCUCCUUCUCUUUCCAUCGCUAUGGCUACCUGACUCCCCUUCUCUCUACUCUCUCCUCCCCUAUCCCUCUCCCGCCAUCUCCCUCCUUUCUUGCUUGUGUAUCUACCCCAGGUGCCAACAAGGGCAUCUUUACGGCCCUCGGAAUCACCGUGUGCAACACGGCCGGGACAGUGGGCCAGCAAGCAGUGGCGCUGCACUCCAAAGACCUCUCAGCCUUCUUCAAGUGCGAGUUUGACGGCAACCAGGACACGUUGUACCCUCACAGCAUAGUACCCCCUCUCACCCUCACCCCGCCACCUUCCCUCCUCCCCAUCUCCCUCUCCGUCUCUCUCUCUCUCUCUCUCUCUCUCUCUCUCUCUCUCUCUCUCUCUCUCUCUCUCUCUCUCUCUCUCUCUUUCCCGUUCCCCCACCACCAGGCGCCAACAAAGGCAUGUUUACGGCCCUCGGACAGUGCGCAACACGGCCAGGACAGCGGGCCAGCAAGCAAUGGCUCUAUGCUCCGAAGACCUUUCCGCGUGUUUCGAGAGAUCCAGCCGGACGGGUGGAUGACGUGGGACACGGACACCAUGAGGCUCGCCCGGAAGAGCGGCGUCUAUUUCGCCGAGUUCCAGAGCACGGGGCCCGGAGCGCGCAUGCCGCGCGCCAGCUGGGUGUCGCCGCAGAGGAUUGUUAACCCGAGGCGAUUCACGGCCGAGGCUUUCCUGGGAUGGACGCGCAAAGGCUGGGCGGGGAUGGGGGCUUGA